AUAAAAAGCAUGAAAAGGGAAGUGUCUUUUUUUUUUUAAUUAAGUUUCUUUUCCAGACUCGCCUGUGAUUGUAUGGUAACGUAUGGCUGCACUGCUUUCUUUGUAGCCUAUGCAUAUAUUUAUUCUUACAUCAUUUCACACCCACAAACGGUCCCGUUCAGCUCAGCCUUUGUGACUUCCAACAAUGAUGGUACACGGUGUGUUUGUGUAUCUGCUUUCUGUGUGUGGAGUCCUUCCAGCAGCUCUAACAGCAGUGAUCCAAACACAGCAGACUGUGCUGGCAGCAGUGGGAGAAGAUGCUGAAUUCAGCUGUCAGCUCUUGGAGACUAAAGACGUCCUUCAGGUCACAUGGCAGAAAAUCUCACCUGCUGUGCAGGAAAAUGUUGCCAUCUACAACAAGUACUUUGGUCAGAGAGUGAAUGCUGCAUAUAAAGAUAAAUUUAAGUUUAAAUAUACUGGACUACAGAACUGCUCCAUAGUCAUCAAGAACGUGACGGAGCAGGAUAAAGCCUGCUAUCUCUGUCUGUUCCAUACAUACCCUGAAGGCUCUCUGACAGGAAGAACCUGCCUCCAAGUGUAUGCUCUAACAGCAGUGAUCCAAACACAGCAGACUGUGCUGGCAGCAGUGGGAGAAGAUGCUGAAUUCAGUUGUCAGCUCUUGGAGACUAAAGACGUCCUUCAGGUCACAUGGCAGAAAAUUUCAGCUGAUGUGGAAGUGAAUGUUGCCACCUACAACAAGUACUUUGGUCAGAGAGUGAAUGAUAGAUUUAAAGAUAAAUUUAAGUUUAAAUAUACUGGACUACAGAACUGCUCCAUAGUCAUCAGGAAUGUGAUGGAGCAGGAUGAAGGCUGCUAUCACUGUCUGUUUAACACUUAUCCUGAAGGCUCCUUUAUUGGAAGAACCUGCCUCCAAGUCUAUGAGCUGCAUAAACCUCUUCUUGAUGUCAGAGAGUCAAACUCUCCUGCAGAGUGGGUUGUUUCCUGUUCAGCGACUGGUCGACCUGCUCCCACUGUAACACUCAGUGUCUCACAACAACACCUCAACUUCUCCCAGUACAACACUGUCAGUGUGUCCAACACCAACGCUACAUUCACUGUCACCACUACAGCUGUGCUCUCAGGUUCACGGAGAAACAGCACACAGGUGGGAUGUGCAGCACGAGUGCUCUCUGCUCCUCAGAUAGAGGUCAUUCAGGUCAUUCCUGAGGUCAAACAGACGUCUGAUGAUCGUGAUGCCGAUUUGACGUGGAUCAUUGUGUUUGGUGGG